AUGGACGGUCGUAUCGGCGCCGCCCCCAACUUGCCGAUCGAAGCUAAGUACCCUAUAAUCUUAGCUAAGACCCAUCCAUUAACCUUUCUAAUUGUAGAUUAUUAUCACCGACAGUUCCUGCACCACAACGCCGAAACAGUCUUCAACGAGCUUCGUCAACGCUUUUACGUACCUGGGAUGCGAAGAUUAAUUCGUACCGUCGCCAGCCGGUGCCAGUGGUGCAAAGUUUACAACAAGUAUCCAGUUCAACCCAAGAUGGCGCCACUACCGAGAGCACGCCUGGUCGCCUUCCAGAGACCUUUUUCUUACGUUGGUCUUGAUUAUUUUGGACCCCUGAUGGUGAAGGUUGGUCGCUCUCAUGUAAAACGUUGGGUGGCACUUUUCACGUGCCUGACCACCCGAGCAAUUCACAUGGAAGUUGCCCACAGCUUAUCUACAAUAUCCUGUAAGAUGUGCAUUCGUAGAUUCAUCGCUCGCAGAGGAGCUCCCAUAGAGAUUUAUUCUGAUAACGGGACUAACUUCCGAGGUGCCGCAAAUGAGCUUCGUGCCCAACUAAAGGACAUUAAUCAACAAUGCGCCACAUCGUUUACAAACGCUAAUACAAAGUGGUACUUUAAUCCCCCAGCAUCACCACAUACCGGUGGUGUAUGGGAAAGGCUCGUUCGCUCGGUAAAAACAGCGCUUGAGUGUUUUUACGACGUACCGAGAGUUCCCGAUGAAGAGACCUUUGAAACCAUUAUCCUAGAAGCGGAAAGUAUGGUCAACAGUAGACCUUUGACUUACAUACCAUUGGAAACCUCGAAUCAAGAAGCUCUAACACCCAAUCAUUUUUUGCUCGGAAGUUCAAAUGGGGUCAAACAACCGUCUCAAAAUCCAACAAGUGCUCUCGAGAGUCUCCGUAGUAGCUGGAACCUGGCCCAACUUAUUCUUGAUGGCUUUUGGAAACGUUGGCUGAAGGAGUACCUCCCGACGAUUGCUCGGCGCACUAAAUGGUUCACAGAAACCAAACCGAUGGAACCUGGGGAUCUAGUAUUUGUGGUCGACGACAAGAAACGGAACAGCUGGAUCCGAGGCCAAGUUGAGGAGAUCGUUCCGGGAAAAGAUGGGGUGGUCAGGCAAGCACUUGUUCGAACAAGUGCUGGUACUAUUCGCAGAGGUGUCGGAAAUCUAGCCGUUAUUGAUGUCAUUAAGGAUGGUGAGACACCGGAUGCUAAAGCUGCAACCUCGCCUCACGGGGUGGGGAAUGUUACGGCCGAAAAUGUAUCUUCCAACCCCUCGAUUCCUGACGGUUCACCGAAGGACAAGGAUGGCAACCCGGCGGGAAUGGAUAAGUAG